AUGACAUCCCAAACAAUUGUCUCUCUCCUCAGCCUGGCUACAAUUGGAUACACAGCAUCCUUACCCACGGGCUUCAAGGAUGCGUUGCUGGAGUGCCAUGGCAAAAAGACAGCACCGGAACAGCUGCAUUUCAACUACGCCGGGGACCGCGGCAUGAUGAUCAGCUGGAAUACACAAUCAAAGCUGGAAUUCCCUACAGUACGCUACGGGCGCGGUUCAUCGCUUGAUGAAAUCGCCUACUCGGAGAUCUCGGUCACAUAUCCCACCUCGACCACGUAUAGCAACCACGUUUUGAUCGAGGGUCUUCAGCCAGACACCGAAUACAACUUUGUUGUAAAAUGCGCUGAAGAGAGUGAUAAGCACACUUUCAAGACUAGUUUGCCGGUAGGAAAUGAUCGUCCGUAUUCGUUCGCCUUCUUUGGAGACCUUGGGACUAUGGGCCCCUUAGGUCUGACUUCCUAUGGACAGGAAGAUGCACUCAGUCCUGGAGAAAUUACGACAAUGCAAUCUUUGAGUCAAUUCACGGAUCAAUUGGAGUUCAUGUGGCAUGAUGGUGACCUCGCCUAUGCUGAUGCUUGGCUCAAAGAAGAACAAGAUGGUUUCUUGCCCAACACUACCAUUGAAGAAGGAGCUGCGGUUUAUGAAUCCAUUUUGAAUGCUUUCUAUAAUGAGAUGGCAGGGAAUGUGACCAUGAAACUUCCGUACAUGGUUGGUCCAGGGAAUCAUGAGGCGAAUUGUGAUGAUGGAGGAAGCGGUUCCUAUACAGAAAGUAUUUGCGCGCAGGGCCAAACCAAUUUCACUGGCUUCCGCAACCACUUCCGUAUGCCUUCUGAGCAGUCAGGGGGCUUGGAGAACUUUUGGUUCUCAUGGGACUAUGGCAUGGUGCACUUUGUUCAGUUCAACACAGAGACUGAUUUCCCUGAUGCCCCUGACCUUCCUGGUGGAAGCGGAGACGAGAAUGCCGGUCCUUUCGCACCAAACGGCACACAACUCGCUUGGUUGAAGAAAGACCUCGCUUCGGUGGAUCGCAAAAAAACACCCUGGAUUAUAGUUGCCGGUCAUCGCCCCUGGUAUGUCGAUAGUGCUACGUGUGAUGAAUGCCAAUCGGCAUUUGAGCCAUUGCUAGUCGAGUAUAAGGUUGAUAUUGCCCUUUUUGGUCAUAAGCACUUUUACGAACGGAUGACGACCGUUGCCAAUGGAAUCUUGGAUCCAAAGGGUCUUGAUAAUCCGUCUGCUCCGUGGUAUAUUGUCAAUGGUGCCGCUGGACACUAUGAAGGCUUGUCAACCGUGUCUACGCCACUAGAGAACUAUACAGUCAAAGCUAUUGACACGGUGUACGGAUGGAGUCGAUUCACUGUCCAUAACUGUACUCAUAUCACCCAGGAUUUUAUUUCCAGUGCCAAUGGAACAGUUCUGGACUCGGCCACGCUCUACAAGGCCCACAAUGGCUGCGCGUGA